GAUAAACAUGGCGACAUGAGGGCUCGGAGAAUUACUCGUGAUGUGUUCUCUCCGUCCAGAAUCCGGGCUCUCUAAGUUUUGAUCUAGUAUUGGGAACAUGCUGGCGAUUGUGUUGUAGCUGAGAAACAGCCGGCUUUUACUUUUCAAUUUUAGUUCAACUUCCACACUUACGUUGUUGGGAGGAGCCCAAGGAGUCACUCGCUCUCUGCUCUCUCCAAGCUCUGUAGUGUGGGGUCAAUCUUUGGCUCAUCAACAAUAACAGGAACUCAAUGCCAUUCUCCAAGUUCCGAGUCAGGGAUGUGUUGUGAUUUGAGAUCAUAACGUGGAAAGCAGAAAGCCCUGCAGAAGCCUUUUUAGCCUUUUCCGCACGCUUUUGGAAUGAUUGAAACAGCUGUUUUCUCCUUAAAGACCCUUGUUAUGAAGCUUUGAACGUCGCUUCAUUUCCCAGCAAACUAGACGACCAGUGUCGAUACAAUAUACUGUAUAUCCGGUUCGGUUUGUCAUCACGGCUAAUCUUAAUGGUGGAAGAGGCCAAUGUCGCCGUGUUUGCGGCCUAGACGGCUGCGACAGUCUUUGAAUCCCCUUCAGAAGAAGUCGCAGAGUUUCUCUAAGGUUAAGGCCGCCAUGGGGCAAGCUCAAAGCGGGUAUCACUUGGAGGGCCCAGUUCUGGGUCCGGAAGCAACAAAGCGUCGUCGCCUCAAAGGCUUCAGUAACAGUGCCAUCGACCUUCUGAACGACACCAAUGAGGCUAGAGAAGCUUCUCAUGGACCUUUUGACAUCACCUUAAUCGCGAAGAAUGACAGAUUUCAAGCCCACAGGCAGAUCUUGGCGGAAAAAUCGGCGUACUUCCGACCCAUGCUUUCAAUGUUUCAAGAGCAAUUCCAAAGUGAAGUGGAAUUCAAAGAACUGGUUGAUCCCGAGUGUCUGGCCAAAGUGUUAUUCUUUCUCUACUUUAACGAAAUCUAUCUUACCCCAAUGAAUGCCCAAGAUAUUUUGUCCUUAGCUAAUUAUCUUCAGAUCGAGGGUCUACAACGGCGUUGUAGUGAUUACAUGCAGCUCCGGAUUGAUAAGCAGAACUGUGUGUCUCUCUACUUGUACACCCUUUGUCUCGGGCCAGAGGAUCUUCGAUGUCACGCAGAGGACUACAUUCUCAGCAACUUUGAGAAAAUCGUCACCAAAAAGUCCCGAGAGUUCCUUCUUCUCCCCAAAGAGCUACUAUUAAAGAUAAUCUCAAACGACAGACUUCUAGUCUCAACGGAAGGCUCAGUUUUUCGCGCAGUCAUGCAUUGGGUCAGCUUCAGUCCCAAGGAGCGUGCCCCACACAUACCCAACUUACUGGAGCACGUUCACUUUCCACUCAUGUCCAUGAAUGAGGUGGAGCAAUACGGCCGAGAUUCCCGGGUGAAAAAAUCCAAGAAUCUAGCCAUCGCUUUUGAAGAGGCCAAACGGUAUUUCGAUAAGGACCCCACUGAAAAGAUCCGCUACUGGACCAACAAGAAGAAGCCCGGUCGGUGGCCAAAGAUAUUCGUUGUGAUGAGAAUGUAUUGGAAGAAUCUCCAGUCCAAAGCCAAGUGGAAGAUGAUGGCAAGUAUGUCCACGGCCAGAUCAUCGCACACCGUUGAAGUCCUGGACGGCAACAUCUACGUGGUCGGUGGCGGUGACGGCAAAGAAUGGCUUUGUACCUCAGAGGUCUACAACCCAGUCAAGAACAAGUGGUCCUUAAUCUCUGACCUGAAGACCAAGCGUUGGAAGUGCGGUCUCUGUGUCCUCAAUGGCUAUCUCUACGCCAUUGGUGGCAUGGAUUCACCUCAAGCCGGUUUUUGGGGAUCGCCUUUGAAAAGUGUGGAGCGGUAUUUCCCGGCCACAGACGAAUGGCAGGAGGUGGCUCACAUGAAUGAAGCACGAUUUGGGGCGGCAGUGGUCUCCUAUCAAGGCAAGGUGUACGUGUCGGGAGGCUUUGGAACGUGCAAAUCAAUCCUCUCCUCCACCGAGGUCUACGAUCCCGACGCCAAUCGAUGGACUAAGAUCAACCCGAUGCGCAAGAUGUGCGGCUUUGUUGGUGGGGUUCUCGUGGACAGACCCAUCCAUUUUGAUGAGGGGGAUUUCUAAGCCGUGCAAACUUAGUUCUGCCUCACUUAUUAUUACGAAUCUGAUCUCGGCAUUACCUGUGAAGUGGAUUUGACCACCUUUUUGAAGGAGGUCCUCAAAGCCAUACCUACGUCCUACAAGCUUCUCUCCAACGACUCUGAAGGUCGCGAAUGACUUGUUCUCUAGUCAAAAAGAGUCCAAAUACAAUCCAAUUAGGUUCCAAAAUGUAUUUUUUGAAAAUAUCGCUAAAUAUGAACAUGAACAACGAACAAGCUUCUAGUCAAAUAAAGCAAUUCAUCACUGUA